UAAAAGGAAAAGUGCAGAGAGAACCCUUAUUCAAUACUGAUACAGAUAAGUUACAUUGAAAUUAACACAGAACAAGUCGAUCGCUUGACAAUUAAUCAUUUUUCUUUAGAUUCACUUUCAGAAAAUAUGUUCAAAUGUUAGACCCUUUCAUGAAGUAUUUUAUAAAUUGAACCCAAAACCAAUUGAUUAAUUAUUUCUGCCUACGACAUUCAAGUAAUUUAUUCAAUGCUUGCUCUGAGAAUUACAGACCACUUGCAAAUAAUAACACUUUGAAUGGCAAUCACAAUGGCUGAUAUGCUAAGCACCCACCUACAGUAGCUUAAGAACACCCACUUAGCUUAAGAACACCCACCUAGCUUAAGAACACCCACCUAGCUCAUUCACCAGUUUAUUGUUGUUUGUUUGUUUUUGUUUUAGCUUCUGUUCAAGAUCAUGAAAAGUGUCUGCUAAAUUUGGAAUAUAAACUUGCUUGCAUAGCCUCAAUUUGAGGAAUUUAGUUUCAAAUGACAUUGUAGAGUAGGCUCUUACUUGCAUAACUUAACCAGGAAGUGGGCUGAACUAUAAAAAAACGAAACAGAAUUCUGUGUGUCAUUCUAUGCGACUGCUCUCGUUUGAACUGGUUCUCGUUUAUUUGUUUAACUAAAAUGGCAGAAGUUAAUGUUUUAAUAAAUGAAGACGAGUUCUGCUGUUCAGUCUGUUUGGAAUUACUGAAGGAUCCAGUGACUUUAGCUUGUGGACACAGUUACUGCAUGUCCUGCAUUACUAGUAGCUGGGAUCAGCAGGUAGGGAUCUAUACUUGUCCGCAGUGCAGAGCAACCUUUGAUACAAGGCCUUCUCUACGCAGGAACAACAUGCUGGCUGGUUUAGUGGAGAAACUAAAACAAUGUGGACUAGAACUCUCUGAUCACUGUAAUACUAAAUCUAGAGAUGUGGAGUGUGAUAUCUGUACUGGAAUUAAAUACAAAGCAGUCAAGUCCUGUCUGGUAUGUCUGGCAUCUUACUGUGCAGAUCAUUUUCGACCUCACAAGGAAUCUUCUGCCCUGAUGAAGCAUACUGUGACUGAAGCCUCUGCAAAACUGCAUGAGAAAAUCUGUCCACAGCAUGGAAAACCUCUGGAGAUAUUCUGUCGUACAGAUCAGAAAUGCAUUUGCUAUCUAUGCACCUUGGAUGAACAUUCAAACCAUAAUAUUGUUUCAGCUGUAGCUGAGAGAGCAGAGAAAGAGAAACAGGUAUUAGAGACCCAGAACAACUACACACAGAGAAUUCUGGAGAGAGAGGAGGACCAUGUAGAGCUGAUGGAAUCUUUAGAGUCAAUUCAGAAUUCUGCACAAGUAGCGGUCGAGGACAUUAGUAGGUUAUUUCAAGAGCUUAUUCAGUCCAUUGUGAUAAAAUGCUCUGAGGUGACAAACCAGAUAAGUGCUCAGGAGGAUGUUGAAGUUACUCACACCAAACAACACCUGAAGCAAGUGGAGCAGGAGAUUGUAGAGCUCGAGAGUAAAAAUGAAGAGCUUAAGCAACUCUUACAGACAAAAGAUGACAUCAUUUUCCUCCAGAGUUUCCAGUCUUACCAUGAUCUUAGGCUACCUGAGGCCAUUUCCAGGGUAAACAUUAAUAUGCCAAGCUCAUAUGAGGAUGUUAAGAUAUUUGUUCAGAAACUUAAAGAGAAUAUCGAAAGUACCAAACUGUAUCCUGAUUCAGCUUUUCAAAUGAACAGUCAAACGACUUCAGAGAACACUCAGAAAAUCUCACAAAUCCCAACCAUCAACAUUCGUUCCAAAACCUUUGCAGAAUCAGAAACUACUUUUUCAUUUUUAUCAACACCGGCAACUAAACCCAAAUCCAUCUUUGUUUUAAAAAACCCUACAGGGUUUGGGUUGUCCUCAGCACUUGAGACUCAAUCCCAAAACAUAUUUGGGUUGUCCUCAACACCUGCCACUAAGCCUGAAUCCACCUUUGGUUUAAAAAAAACUACAGGGUUUGGGUUGUCCUCAACACCUGCCACUAAGCCUGAAUCCACAUUUGGUUUAAAAAAAAAUACAGGGUUUGGGUUGUCCUCAACACCUGCCACUAAGCCUGAAUCCACCUUUGGUUUAAAAAAAACUACAGGGUUUGGGUUGUCCUCAACACCUGACACUCAAUCCCAAACCAUGUUCGGGUUGCCCUUAACACCCGACACUCAAUCCCAAACCAUGUUUGGGUUGUCCCCAAGACCUGCCACUAAGCCCAAAUCCACCUUUGGUUUAAAAAAAACUAAAGGCUUGGGGUUGUCCUCAACACCUGACACUCAAUCCCAAACUGUAUUUGAGUUGUCCUCAACAUCUGACACUCAACCCCAAUCCCUUUUUGGUUUCACAAAGCCUAGCAGGUUUAGGUUGUCCUCACUACCUGUCACUCAAUCCCAAACUCUAUUUGGGUUGUCCUCACCACCUGCCACUCAGUCCCAAACUCUAUUUGAGUUGUCCUCACCACCUGCCACUCAACCCCCAAUACCCUUUUGGCUUCACAAUGCCUAGCGGGUUUGGGUUGUCCUCACUACCACUACCACUCAAUCCCAAACGGUAUUUGGGUUGUCCUCAACACCUGACACUCAAUCCCAAACAGUAUUUGGGUUGUCCUCAAGAUCUGAAACUCAGUCCUAAUUCAUCUUUAGUUUCUAAAAGCUUAGCAGUUUUGGGUGGUCCUUAACACCAUGACACGAAAUACCAAACAGUAAUUGCUCCUAGUGAUGAAAUUCUUAGAAAUGUGGGUGUUUCCCCUCACUAUCAUUACUAAAUAUUGUAUGCAGUACAUUUCUUCUCCUCUUCACCUUUCCCCUGCAUACAAUAUUUAGUAAUGAUAGUGAGUUAAUAAGAUUCUUUUCCGACCAAUCAUAUUAUAGAAAACAUCUCUGACACAGAGCGGAUAUGGCAUUUAUUCUGCCGCUAUGGCAUUCAGAGAUACGCUAAGAUCUCCAAAACAGAGCUGAAAUGCCAUAGUAGCAUAAAUUAUUAUAUAAUUUUGCACUGUGACAUUUCGGUUCUGUGUCAGAGAUGUUUACAUUUACAUUAGAUUUGUUACAUUUGUAACAUACAGAUGUUAGCACAUCUCUAAUAUGACUGGUCACAAAUGUAAUCCCUACACACUAUAGACUCAAAUAUCUUAACAUAGAGACCAAGUGAAGGGUUAUAGAUUAUAUAAUAUAAUUAUAAUUUUAAGUGCUCUUUUUUUUUGUUGGACAACCAAUCGGUCAUCAAAAGAGUGUGUCAUACCUAGUAACAGGGUCAGCCCUGCCUCAGCUCUCAGAUAAAAGUUUUUGUUUUUUCCUUACUCAGCUUUUCUUGCUCUGAGAUUGAAUCCUGAAUCACUCUCGACCUAAGAUUCAUAGUCAGAAUUUUUUAAGCUAAAUUAGGAGCUAUUUGAGAUUUUAGAAUCUUUAUGAAUACGGGCCCUGAUUUUUGAUCUCGUUCAAUAUUUCAACACUUGUCACUCAAUCCCAAUCUGAUUGCGAUUCAAUCAGUUCAGUGAUAUGUCCCACACCUGCUUCUGAAUGCUGGUGUGCCCCAUCCAAAUCCUCUGAAUCAAACAUAAAACAAUAAUAGCAAUGCAGUCGAUUUAAAAAGCUUAAGUUAGUUUACAUUGCAUUUUUUUUUGCUGGCACCUACAUGCUUGUGUGCUCACUGUGUUUUUUAACUGGGUGAUGGGUUUCAAAAUUGACACUAUUGUAAAACAGAAUAAUGAAAAUGUAUAUAAUAUUAGCUAUAAAGAUGGUGUGGCUUCAGGUGUGCGUGUGAUUUUAAGCUACAUUCAAUUAGUGAUUUUUUCAACAGACAAUUGUAAAACUGUAUUAAAUAUCACAUACACAUUACAACAUACAAUGUUAGAUACAGUCACGGGGAAAAGGAAGUACACCGUCCGUCAGUUCUUUGUUUAUUUCACUGAGCAUAAAUAACAAUUGUGUGGCCACCAAAUUCUAUAAACAAAUAACCUACAAACAGACAACAUGUCAUGUGGCUGCAGAAUAAACGCAAAUCAAGCUUGGGUUUUUCUUUAUAUCUCUGAGCAUUGAACCAUCUGACUAUUAAAUUAAAUAACUCCUGGGACUAUUGUCAACUAUCUUAAAGACUCUCCAUUUGCAAACAAUUGUUCAUAUUAUAGAAUGGUAAAUUUCAAUUUAUUUUGUGAUAACCUUAUAAUGCUUGACAGAUUGAAAAGCAGCAACAGUUGCUUCUCUGAGAGCAAGACUAAUGCCCGUUCUUCUUGGAAUGAUGUAGACACACCUGAAUGCUCCAGAAUACCAAACUGCCAAAGUGUUUUAGGCUUUUAUUGAGGUAGUCACACUUCUUGAUGAAUAACUUAUCUUGUUCAUUUAUUUAGUAGCGCCUGGCUAAUUGCUCUCUUACAUAUUGUGGAAAUAAGAAUAGUGCAGUUAUUUUUUCCCCAUCUGGUUUCUGAAUGUAGUUUGACUGCAUAAUGAUAUCUAUUGUGGGUUUUGUCACAUGAGGCUAUUUGUUUACAAAAGUUUGCAAGGACCAUAUAAUUGUUAGUUAGACCCAGAUAAAUAAAAACCUAUAAUUAAAGGGGAAGUGUACUUUCUUUUUCAGUGACUGUACUGUAAACAUUAUUUCAUUUGUGUGGAACUGUUACAUUAAUUAAUUACAUAAAUAAAUACUAUUCUGUGUGACCCUUU